UGGGAAGCGUGUUGGGAAGUGGGUGGAUAUAUCGGCGCGUGGCGAGCUUCUGCAUGCGUCGCUGAGUUAUAUAAAGGAUUCGGGGUGGAUGGAUGUCCUCGGGUCUCGCUGUCGCCUCUCCGCUGGACGGAUAGCGAUCGGCGGUGCUAUCCCUGCUUCCCCGCACGGUGAAUCCCUUCUUUCGCCCUCUCUAUCCUCUCGUUCUCAUCAUCUUCUUCCGUCUCUUUAUCCCCCAAAACCCGCGUCCAAAGCCUCCCGGAAUAGCCGGAAUAAACCGAGCCCCCCCUCUGUCCCCACCACCGACUCAGCGCGGAUCCAAAUCCAGGGGAGUGGCCGCGCUGGUAGUUAAGCCUGUGUAUAAAACUGGCCUUCAGGCCGCCGGCCAAGCACAUGCCGGGGAACAAGUACAACAGCCGCAAUCCAACCAGGGUCGAGCGACUGCUGCGGGAGCGGGAGCAGAGGAGGUCCAACCGGGCCUUCCUGCAGCACGAUGCUGGCAACAGUCAUGGUGGCAGCGGUGAUGGUGAUGAUGGAGGGAGCUGCGGGAUGGAGCGGGAGACCAAGGGUGCGAGGGAGGUGAAUUGCGAAUGCGGCACCAUCCCCAAUGGGGAGGCAGGCCUGACGGCCGGCAAGAUGUCCGGGAACGGAUGCAAGAGGUCUAAUGGGAAGGUGAUGAAGCAGAGGCUGCUGGUUGUGGCUAAUAGGUUGCCGGUCUCGGCGGUCAGGCAGGGGGAGGACUCAUGGGCGCUGGAGAUCAGUGCUGGUGGGUUGGUCAGUGCUCUUCUUGGUGUGAAGGAUGUUGAUGCUAAAUGGAUUGGAUGGGCUGGUGUAAAUGUGCCAGAUGAAGUGGGACAGAGGGCACUUACGAAGGCUUUGGCUGAGAAGAGAUGCAUUCCAGUAUUUCUUGAUGAAGAGAUAGUACAUCAGUACUAUAAUGGCUACUGCAACAAUGUCUUGUGGCCACUCUUUCACUACCUCGGGCUUCCACAAGAAGAUCGGCUUGCAACAACUCGCAGCUUCCAGUCCCAGUUUGACGCAUACAAGAGGGCAAACCAGAUGUUUGCUGAUGUCGUGAACCAGCACUAUCAAGAGGGAGAUGUUGUUUGGUGCCAUGAUUACCAUUUAAUGUUCCUUCCUAAAUACCUCAAGGAGUACAACAGCAAGAUGAAAGUUGGUUGGUUUCUUCACACACCAUUCCCAUCCUCAGAAAUUCACAGGACCCUGCCAUCUCGUUCGGAGCUGUUGAGAUCUGUUCUUGCAGCUGAUCUAGUUGGUUUUCACACAUAUGAUUAUGCAAGGCACUUUGUUAGUGCUUGCACUCGUAUUCUUGGACUUGAGGGCACACCAGAAGGAGUGGAAGAUCAAGGAAGGCUGACUCGAGUGGCAGCGUUUCCUAUUGGGAUAGACUCCGACCGGUUUAAACGAGCACUCGAGCUUCCAGCAGUCAAAGAACACAUCAAUGAGUUGACUCAGAGAUUUGCUGACAGGAAGGUAAUGCUGGGUGUUGAUCGUCUUGACAUGAUUAAAGGGAUUCCGCAAAAGAUUUUGGCCUUUGAAAAGUUUCUUGAGGAAAAUCCAACAUGGCGUGAUAAAGUAGUGUUGCUGCAAAUUGCUGUGCCAACAAGAACUGAUGUUCCUGAGUAUCAAAAGCUUACCAGCCAGGUCCAUGAAAUUGUCGGACGGAUAAAUGGCCGGUUUGGAACACUAACUGCUGUUCCUAUACAUCAUCUGGAUCGUUCCCUUGACUUUCAUGCAUUAUGUGCUCUAUAUGCUGUCACUGAUGUGGCACUUGUAACAUCACUGAGAGAUGGGAUGAAUCUUGUAAGCUAUGAGUUUGUGGCAUGCCAGGGUGAAAAGAAAGGCGUUCUUAUAUUAAGUGAAUUUGCAGGGGCAGCUCAAUCUCUAGGAGCUGGUGCGCUCCUGGUGAAUCCAUGGAACAUCACAGAAGUUGCUGCCUCGAUUGGCUAUGCAUUGAAUAUGCCUGCUGAUGAGAGAGAAAAGCGACAUAGACAUAAUUAUGCACAUGUGACUACACACACAGCCCAAGAUUGGGCAGAAACUUUUGUAAGUGAACUAAAUGAUACAGUUGUUGAAGCUCAAAUUAGAACAAGACAAGUUCCACCUGUACUUCCUACCCAGAUAGCAAUUGGACGAUAUUUGCAGUCCAAGAAUCGAUUACUCAUAUUGGGUUUCAAUGCAACAUUGACGGAACCAAUUGAAUCUUCUGGAGUAAGAGGUGGCGACCAAAUCAAAGAGAUGGAGCUUAAAUUGCAUCCAGAUUUGAAAGUGCCUUUGACAACUCUUAGCAAUGAUAAGCAGACAACCGUUGUUGUUCUCAGUGGAAGUGACAGAAGUGUCCUAGAUGAUAAUUUUGGAGAGUACAACAUGUGGCUGGCAGCGGAAAAUGGGAUGUUUUUGCGUCUCACAGGUCGCGAAUGGAUGACAACAAUGCCAGAGCAUCUAAAUAUGGAUUGGGUUGACAGUGUAAAGCAUGUUUUUGAGUAUUUCACUGAGAGAACACCUCGGUCUCAUUUUGAACAUCGUGAGACCUCACUUGUAUGGAAUUACAAGUAUGCAGAUGUUGAAUUCGGAAGGCUUCAGGCAAGGGAUAUGCUGCAGCAUUUGUGGACAGGCCCAAUUUCUAAUGCAGCCGUUGAUGUUGUCCAAGGUAGCCGAUCAGUUGAGGUUCGAUCUGUUGGAGUUACAAAGGGUGCUGCAAUUGAUCGUAUAUUGGGAGAAAUAGUUCAUAGCAAAAGCAUGGUGACACCAAUUGAUUAUGUUUUGUGUAUUGGUCACUUUCUUGGAAAGAAUAAUUUUCAUUCACAGGAUGCGGGUGCUGUGGUACAGGAUGAGGACAUUUAUACAUUCUUUGAGCCAGAACUUCCAUCCGAACCUGUAAAUUCCUCAAGGUUAAAAUCAAAUGAUAGUAACAAGCAGUCAGAUGACUGUAACAAGCCACCUCCUGACAAGAGGCUCACAGAAAAGCCAUCAAACAGCUACAAGAGCAGCUCAAGGACUUCAAGUCAUAGGAAUCCAAGGACUCUGCUCAGAUCUGAAAGGAGAAUGCCAACAAAUCACAACACCUCGGUUGGAUGGCGAUCUCCUCAAGAGAGCAUGUCAUGGCGUGAGGGAUCCUCAGUGCUUGAUCUCAAGGGAGAUAACUACUUCUCUUGUGCAGUUGGUCGGAAGCGGUCAAAUGCAAGGUAUCUGCUUAACUCAUCUGAUGAUGUGGUCUCCUUCCUUAAGGAGUUAGCAGAUGCAGCUAGUCAAGGUGUCCACUCAGUGUCUAAUCCAAAUCAUGCUGGUUAGAUGUCAUCAAGUUGGGCAGAGGUUAAAGCUGAAACAUUUGGUGGAAGGAAAUAUUUAUUCUUUGGGUCUCAUGAGACAAUUUCCUAUUCAUCUACAGAGGCAGAGAGGAUUUAACUGUCUCACUGGGGUCAAAUGUUUGUUAAAUCAUGGGAAAAAUGUAUACAUGAUGCUACAUUGGGAGUACCACAUAAAAGAUCUUGUAUAGAGUAGUGCUACAUCUUAUUAUGCCAUGAAGACCCGCUGAUGUAGCUCUGGGUCUUAGGUAUAGUAUGCAUGUGAUGAAAUGAAAGCCCAAUGCUUGUAUGCCUAUUCUGCCAAAGUUGGUGGCUCAAUCAUGUGUCGUUCAUUUUACGAAUGCAACCAAUGCUUGUGCGCAUUUACAUGCCUAA